GGAGGUGUUCAGGACGGUUCAGAUGAAGCAAAGCAUUCUGGGAAUUAGAGUAAAGUGCGCGUACAUCCGGGUAUUCUCAUCCUCUCCACACUGACAGACACCGGCGGAGCACCAAGGCGACAGUGUCAAUACAAAAGCGAUUAAAAAAAAAAAAAAAAACACCUCACGCGCUAAUUAACUUAAAAAAAAUUUAACCGGGUAAUAUUUCUACAAUUUUAUUAUUUCUGGAAAAGAUAUAUCCGCUUUAUAAAUGUUCGUCCCAAACAAAAUGGAUAUUCUUUAGUCGAGGGUGAAUCAGGUUGUUAACUAACACCCUAGCAGCACAUCUGGAAGCCCUCCUCUCUCUCUGUUCACCUCCUUGGCUGGCGUAGUACAUGUGCUUUUCAUGAAGAGAGGCGAGAGACCCGAAGGAUACAGGCAAAUGCGGCCCAAGACGUUCCCGGCGAGCAACUACAGCGGCAACAGUCAGCAGAUGAUGUUGCACGAGAUCCGGGAGAGCCUGCGGAACAUCUCGCUGUCCCGGCCCUCGGACGCCGUUCACAAGCUGGAGACCCAAGGGCAGCAAGGUCGCAGCACCAACCACAAGAACCCCCAUCACAAAGCCCUGAAGGAGAUACGCGAGUCGCUUUUGCCCUUCGCCAACGAACCCGGUCCUGCCGGGCAAGCCCCCGAGGUCAACCUUCAGAUGCUGCAGGAGCUGUUGGCCGCAGGGUUUGAAGAGGAGAUGGUGAUCUGGGCUCUGAAGCAGACCAACAGUCGCAGCUUGGGGGCAGCUGUGGAGUUCAUCAGUAAGAUGAGCUACCAGGACCCGGCGAGGGACCAGAUGGGAGCUACAGCUGCACGCACAACUAAUGCAGCCAUCAAAGCAGCUGGCCCCUCGCACAUUCAGCAGCCGGUUCUGCGGCGGCCGAGCUGGAAGGGCUCCAAGGAGUCUUUGGCCCCUCAGCGGCACAGCGGUCUUUACCGCUCGAACAGCCCCAGCCCUCAGCCUGACCUGCCUCGAGCAUCGUCUUUUAACCAGAGUCAUGCAGCUGGGGUUGGUGGUCAGCGGGUGAACCCUCUACCUUCUUCGUGGGAUUCGAAUCCUGCCACCAAACGCUACUCCGGGAACAUGGACUACCUCACGCCCCGCAUCUCACCCAUCCCUCAAGGGCCGUGGGCCGAGAGCUACUCGAACCCUCCUGCCCAGGCGCAGCGGGGCAUCAGCCCAGUGCCCAUGGGGCGCCAGCCCAUUAUAAUGCAGGGAUCCGGGGGAAAUAAGUUCAACUACCCGCCCUCCUGGCCCCAGAACGGCUCUGCGCAGGUAGACUACGGCAUUGGCAUGGUGGGAAGCGGCAGGCAGCCCGCCCCUCCCCCUCCAUACCCUCUAGCUCAGUCUAGUGGGCACAGUCCCACGGCGCAGCAGAUGCAGGCGUCCAACCGCAACAGUCACAACCUGGAGAUGUACAACCUGGGUGUCCUGGCCCAGCCCAGACCUCCAGCACAGCAGCCUCAGUCUUCCUCUGGAAACGGCAACAAUCAAGAUAUUCCUCCGCCAUCCUGGCCUCACAACAUGCCAGCACGCUCGAACUCGUUCGCUAACGCUGCACCAGGCACACGUCAGUGCUCGCCGGCAGCCAGCUCGCAGCCCUCCGCUACCACCGUCACGGCCAUCACGCAGGCGCCCGUGCUACAGCCGGUCAAGAGCACCCGCGUUCCCAAGCCCGAGCUACACACGGCUGUGGCGCCGACGCACCCACCUUGGCUUCAGCAGCAGCAGCAACCAGCACCGCCGCCCUCUCCGUAUCAGGAACCUUCUGUGCCUGCACCGGCGGUGUCCCAGAUGCCGGUCUCCGAGGUACCCAGCUACCAGGGUCCCCCGCCACCAUACCCCAAGCAUCUCCUGCAGCAGCAGCAAACACCCGCUCCGUGCCCGGUGUACUCCAAGGAGGACGAGGGCGCCGAAGACGACGUGGACAACGCCAGCACUUGCUCCAGCGAGCGUGCAGACGUCUCUGAGACCGUCCCAGGCAGCGCAGAGCGAGAAAACAAGCAGAUUACCACGUCUCCGGUGCCUGUGCGUAAGAACAAACGGGACGAGGAGCGGCGGGGGGAGGGGAGGGUGCAGCUUUACUCGCCGCAGGCCUUCAAGUUCUACAUGGAGCAGCACGUGGAGAACAUUCUGAAGAACCACCAGCAAAGACUGCGUCGCAAGAAGCAACUGGAGAGCGAGAUGCAGCGGGUCGGUUUGUCCGAGGAUGCCCAAGAGCAGAUGCGCAUGAUGUUGUCCCAGAAAGAAUCCAACUACAUCAGACUGAAGCGUGCCAAAAUGGACAAAUCCAUGUUCGAAAAGAUCAAGACGCUGGGCAUCGGCGCGUUCGGCGAGGUGUGCCUGGCGCGCAAAGUGGACACGGGCGCACUCUACGCCAUGAAGACGCUGCGCAAGAAGGACGUGCUCCUCAGGAACCAAGUGGCGCACGUCAAGGCCGAGCGGGACAUCCUGGCCGAGGCAGACAACGAGUGGGUGGUGCGUCUUUAUUACUCCUUCCAGGACAAGGACAACCUGUACUUUGUCAUGGACUACAUCCCCGGUGGCGAUAUGAUGAGCCUGCUGAUCCGGCUAGGCGUGUUCAGCGAGGAGCUGACGCGCUUCUACAUCGCCGAGUUGACGUGCGCCGUCGAGAGCGUGCACAAGAUGGGCUUCAUCCACCGCGACAUCAAGCCGGACAACAUCCUGAUCGACCAGGACGGCCACAUCAAGCUCACGGAUUUCGGCUUGUGCACGGGUUUCCGCUGGACCCACGACUCCAAGUACUACCAGAGCGGUGAUCACGUGAGGCAAGACAGUAUGGAUUUCAGUAAGGAAUGGGAGGACCCGUCGAACUGCCGUUGUGGCGAUCGGCUCAAACCGCUGGAGAGGCGAGCAGCGAGACAACACCAGCGCUGCCUGGCACACUCCUUAGUCGGCACACCAAACUACAUCGCCCCAGAGGUGCUCCUGCGCACAGGCUACACACAGCUGUGCGACUGGUGGAGCGUGGGCGUGAUUCUGUACGAGAUGUUGGUUGGCCAGCCUCCUUUCCUGGCUACGACUCCUCUGGAGACUCAAAUGAAGGUGAUAAACUGGCAGACGGCGUUGCACGUCCCCCCUCAGGUCAAGCUGAGCGCCGAGGCGUCCGAUCUGAUCGUGAAGCUGUGCCGCGGGCCCGAGGACCGUCUGGGCAAGAACGGGGCAGACGAGAUCAAAGCGCACGGCUUUUUCAGGAGCAUGGACUUCAGCGUGGACAUGCGGCAGCAGCCGCAUCCGCCGCCGCACGUACCCAAGAUCGCCCACUGUACAGACACGUCCAACUUCGACCCCGUGGACCCCGACAAGCUCUGGAGCGACGACGGCAACCACAACGACACGCUGAGCGCCUGGUUCAGGAACGGCAAGCACCCGGAGCACGCCUUCUACGAGUUCACCUUCCGCCGCUUCUUCGACGACAACGGCCACCCGUACAGCUGCCCCAAACCCAUCGAAUACGAGGACUACGGAGAGGAAGACGGGGACGAGCUCCAGAGCCAAGCCCAUGGACAGGGGCGGGGCCUCGUCUACGUUUAGCAUUUACACUACGUGAAUAAUAAGCAACACUGCUAUGUGUCAAAGCAGGGACGGGACCUGUGUGUGUCUGUGUUUUUGUGUGUGUACAGAAUUCUCAACAGACUAUACAGACUGGAUAUCGUUUAGAUGGUUGGUGUGUGUGUGUGUGUGUGUGUGUGUGUGUGUUGAGCCUCCCACCUGUUUGUCGAGGUACGAUUUCGAGGCUGCGGUUGUGUAUAAUUUAUUCCACGUCGCACUUUGAUCAGUGCCGUCUGAACGAACGAGGAUUUAAAUGAAACGCGUCUUUUCCGACGCCGUUUAAAGCCUUAAUUUAUUGAACCCCUCGUAAAACGAGGACUCGAGUAGUAAAAAAAAACAACAAAAAAAACAAAACACUAUCUCAAUUACGCCUCCUUCACCAAUGUCGUGUUAAUUUAUGAUUGAGUAGAUCUCUUUCUCUCGCUGAUCUGGCCUCACAUGGGCUAUCCAGGGGAUUGGUGGAACCAUUAACUCUUUCUGUCGCUGUUGCGCCUUUUUAUUUUACACUCUCUUUCACCAAAAAAAAAAAAAACCACAAAAAAAAAAACCACGAGGGGAAGUAGCAUCUUAAGCCAGUCAACUGACCUGACGACUAGAUUAUUUUCAUAGAGUAUUGUGUGAAUUGUAUUAUUAGCCUUUUGUGUGUUUUUCUAAUUUAUACACUCGAAUGUAUUUAUAAAUUACGUAGUGUACAUUUUUGUACAUUUUUUUUUUUUCCCCAACUGUGGUGUAGGAAAUAAAUCCAAGGGGCGAUCUCCCUUCCUCUCACUCA